UGUAGACAGAAAGCUAUAUAAGUGUGGACACAUGUCUGCGCUCCCAUCAUGAACGCGUCCGCAGCAUCGAGGACCAUAAGCCAUGAUAACAGAUCUUUAUUUUACGCACGUUUACGCAAACGCAAUAACUCGCCACAAACGGAAUCAAAUGCUAUGAUUUAUGGCGAGGAUUGUUGAACUGUGGAUAAAAUGAAAAUAAAUGGCAGUCGAUUGAUGAACAGUUCUUCACUGACCCCCUACGCGGUCACUCUGAAUCGCCCUCCGUGGGUCGCCACAACUUUGGGGAGCUUUUUGAUCUUCACCAUUGUGGUUGAUAUAUUGGGGAACCUCUUGGUCAUCUUCUCCGUCUACAGAAACAAGAAACUAAGAAACGCAGGAAACUUUUUCGUAGUGAGCCUGGCGGUAGCUGAUCUGGUGGUAGCCGUGUACCCUUAUCCACUGGUGCUGGUGUCCAUUUUCCAUAAUGGAUGGAAUUUGGGAUUCCUCCACUGCCAAAUCGGUGGAUUUCUGAUGGGACUGAGCGUGAUUGGAUCUAUAUUUAACAUCACUGGCAUCGCCAUCAAUCGCUACUGCUACAUCUGCCACAGUCUCAAGUAUGACAAGCUAUACAGCGACAAGAACUCCCUAUGUUACGUUCUUCUAAUCUGGCUUCUGACUGUGGUCGCGUUAGUGCCGAACUUUUACGUAGGCUCCCUGCAGUACGACCCCAGGGUUUACUCUUGUACGUUUGCACAGUCGGCCAGUUCGGCGUACACCAUCGCCGUCGUGUUCUUUCAUUUCAUUCUUCCAAUCAUGAUUGUGACCUACUGCUACCUGAGAAUCUGGAUCUUGGUGAUUCAGGUGAGGAGGCGUGUCAAACCCGAGUUCAGGCCAAAGCUCACACCACACGACGUGAGGAAUUUCAUCACCAUGUUUGUGGUGUUUGUUCUGUUUGCCGUGUGCUGGGCCCCACUUAAUUUUAUCGGUCUUGCGGUUGCCCUGGACCCCGAUCGGGUCGCGCCGCUGAUCCCAGAGUGGUUUUUUGUAUCUAGUUAUUUUAUGGCCUAUUUCAAUAGCUGCCUUAAUGCCAUAGUGUAUGGACUGCUGAACCAAAACUUUAGAAGAGAGUACAAAAAAAUUAUCGUCUCGCUCUGCACGGCACGAAUUUUCUUCCCGGAGAGUUCGAAUGAUGCUGCGGAACGAAUUAAAAGCAAGCCAUCCCCUUUAAUGACAAACAACAACCAAGUAAAAGCAGACACGGUAUGACAUCCCAAGGACGGACACUGUGAGAAAAACUUACCAAAUAUCCAUCGCAGCUGCUUCCAGAGUAUUUAUUACAAAUGUUUGUAUCGUUUAUACAGGUGUACCUGUUGCUUUUAUAAAGGAUGCAUUACAAAUAGCGUGUCACUGUGUUUACAAGUUCACAAUGCAAAUGUUUUUAUUCAUACAUAUGUUUUCUGAUGAAGAACGAGGUAACGAAUAAGAGAAUUGAGAUGUGCUCCACUAUUGAAUUUAAUGAUUUUUAUUCAUGUGCAGCGAGUGCUAAAUAUCAUCGCUGUCCUUAUCAAACCUUUGAUGUCCAAAUGCAAAGUUUUUCAGGAAAUUAAUUUAAUUAAUGAAAUACUGUGUUGUCAAAAUUGCAAGCACUUUUGAUACUUUUUAGUUUGGAUGCACGAUAAUUAUCAGCCAUAUCGGUAUCAGACCGAUAUUUUUAAUCUUAUCGGUAUCGGCUGAUAAUAAAAUUUAGUUAUAGCUGAUAAAUCAUAAAUCAUUUCCUGUGGUUAAACUUCUUCAGCUGCAUGCUGCUCACAGUUAAAAUACACUACAGUACUGUCUACACUACAGACAGUUUUUUAUGAAUGUGUUAUUUAUAAGAACAAAAGCAAUUGUUUGAAUUAUACUGCUGUCUGAAUGCUUUCUGUCUUGAGACCUGUUAAACACGUGGCUAUUUUUCUGGGUUGCUCUGGAAGAACAUCUAUAAUUUGUGUAUUAAAUAAAAAAGAUACCACAAAAGUCUGAUGGUAAAAUAAUCGUUACCUAGUGUUAAGUAGGCUUGGUACAUGAUUUUCAGGGAACAAAAGAGAACUAACGGUAACCUUGUUUUCUGCAUUGAAUGUUUUAAAAUAAAAGAAGUCCACUAUUUGCCUUUUGAUUCAGUCUUAGGGAAUUUUAUAUUAAUAUUUAGAUACUAUACUGGCCAUACUGUAUAUCGGUUAUCAGCUUCCAAUCUUAAAUUAUUAUCAGUUAUCGUUAUCGGUGCAUCCCUACUUUUUCAGGAUUUGCAAAACCCACUGACAAACAUGAAGGGUGGCUGAUAAUGAUUUAUGGCAAAACAUUUAAAUCACAAAAAAUGGACAUACAAGGUUUCAGAAAGACAGCGGCGAUAUAUUUAAUGGUUUUUGGGUUUGAUUUACUUAAACAACCAAACUUGUCAAAAUAUAUAUUUGCUUUUUCAAAGAAAUGACAGUUCUCAUGACAGAUUUAGGUUUGAAUUGCAAUGUUAUGUUACCAAAUUAACGGGGUCACCAUGGCAUCUGUAUGGCUUUGAGCAAAAGGGGAAAAUUCCCCAAAGAACAUGUACAGUACCGUAACAGAAUUCAAUAAAACUGUAAAAAAUGAUUUAUAAUGUUAUUCUAUUAUGUUACAACUGGAGUGACAACAAGCAGUAUCUAAAUCUAAUCUAAUGAUGAACAGAAAGCAGAAGACAAUGUCCAC